AGAUCCCAACGAAAGCGAAGGCUGCGCCCGAGAGAGAGUUCGGCGCGCGACUCAACAAACUGCGCAGGCGUCGACUCAUUCGCGAAGCCCCGCCCACUUCCUCUCUGCGCCUACCUGUCGACGAGCCUUUCCCGAUCCAGUUCGACGCCGAUUUCGUGUCGCAAGUCGAGAGGUCAUUGCGCGUCCGACGGGCAGUCAACGGCUCCCACGACCAGCACCACCACGAUCCCAACGACAAGUCCUGCAUGAUACUGGGGGUCAAGUACAACCUGGGAGAGGUCAUAGGUAUUGCAUCAGGCGUGUGCAUGGAGUGUCGCUGCGCCGCCGGUAACAUGUACUGCUCUCCAAAGUGUUGCUUCCUCCCCUCACCCUUUAGCCUAACCGCGCAGCACCAUCAGGAGUUCUCCACGAGGCCCCAGGAAGCACCCGCGCCUCACCCGCUCUCCUAUGUCAGGAACCAAUACACGGAAGGAACGUUCCUGUAGAAGGGUUCGGAGGUUCGCGUCUUCUCUCUUGUCUGCUGUUUCAGCGCUGAAGAUUGAAGCAAGGAAAAAGGAAGAGGGAGAGUGGGUGAGAAUGAAUACAUGAGAGAGAAAAAAAGAUAGAACAACGUAAAGAGAAAGGGAACAGAACAAAAAAGUACAACAGCGCAAAGAAACAAAACAGAGACGAAGACAGAGAGAGAAAGGGGUAUCUCGCAAAAGAAGAGAGAGGAAACAGCCUCUAUAGCAGGUGAGGAACCUCUUUCUCUCACGCAUGACUCGUCCACAUACAUCCCCGGAGGCACGGACUCAGCCCAGCCUCCCCACGGGUGUUGUAGGAUGACUCAUGUCCGAGCUGCAUGGAGUCCGUCGGGGGAUGGGAAGAGCUGACACUAGAGAGCUUAAGUAGAGCUAAGUAACGCAGUCGACGAUGAAAGAAAUUUUUAACAAAGAAAUAAUAUUUUUUCCUCGGCGCUAAUUCAGAUAUAUGAAUAAAUUUCCUCGUUUCUAUUUCAAGAUUUCUAAAUAAAGUUCGUCUAAUUCAGAUUUCUAAGCAAGCUUCCUCGUCUAAAAUUCUAAUUUCAGAGUAAACUUCCUCAUCCAAUAUUCAGAUUUCUAAGUAAACUUCCUCGUCUAAAGUUCAGAUUUCUAGCUAAACUUCUUGAAAUAUCCUUUUUCAGAUAGCCUAAUCCCCCCUCCCCCUCCCCAUCGGAGUUUCUAAGAAGCUGUCAAUUGGGGUUGUAGCUUAAGCCUACUAACCCAAUGACCCAGUUAGGAAGAUGAACUGACAGCCUCAUUACCCUAGGUCACGUGACUAAGGGAACAGGUCAUUUUCAUACAGAGAGGAAAAAGAGUUGAUUAUUUUCGCUAAACUUUAACACUGAUAUCCUUUAGCCUGUGAUGUAUUUUGUAAUAUAUAGUGUAUGUCAGAUAAAGAGAUAUCGAGAGAAUAAAAUUUAGAAAAGUAAAGUAUUAUGACCAUUUUAUACAUAUGUUCUACUGGCUUUAACGUAUUACUCCAAAGUGCCAUUAUUAUGUUAUAUAGAAUGUACGCUGUAACGAGAAAAUGUUUAAUGAUAUUGUAUGUGUGCCACCAUUACCACGUUUUAUCAUACAUGAGAAAACACAUUAUGCUGUAUAGGAGAUUUUUCACUGAUUGUUACAAUUGAAGGAAAACAGUCAGCUGACAGAUAAAUAAGAUUAGUGUAAUAGAUCCAUAGUAAUAUUGUUUUGAUAAUUAUGGAGAUUAUGAAAACCGCAACGAGAGAAACGGAAUUGUGUUUGGACAAUAUUUGACAUCAGAAAAAAAUGUAAUAUCGAUCUUCCGAAAGAAGCCUUUUUCGUGAAACAACAAAGCUUUGAAAUCCAAUUUUCUGGUUCGAUCCGCAGUUCACGCCAUUUUCUUUGAAGAAAUGAACAGAUAUUUUGUAUUGUGUGACCUUCCUUGAAAGACAAUGCAAUAUAUAUAUAUAUAUAUA